AUGGCCACGAGAUAUCGACAUCGGUUGCUAUUCGUUUUUCUACUUUACGGCACGCAAGUAUUGCUGUGCGCCGAUGCCAAAGUAGGAAUGUGCCCUGGAAGAACAUUCGAAAACGCUGGGUCGUGUGUAGCAUUAUGUGGUAACGAUAGUGAUUGUUCAGGUAGUAAAAAAUGCUGCACUAAUGGAUGUGGUACGGAAUGUACGGAACCAAUUACAGACGACUAUCGGACCUUUCGCAAAGAAUAUGAAAAUAGAACAUCUCAAUGUUUUGGCGAACCAUGUAAUCUAGAAUGCCGUCUUGCUAAUCAAACAUGCACAAGCGAACCUUGCCCGUUAGUUCCGAGAUGUAUUAACGUUCCUACCUGUCCGCGCCUACGGUGUACUGUAGUUGGUUGUUCGUCUGUUGUUAAAGAUCCUAAUGGUUGCCGAACUUGUGACUGUUCUCCAAGGUGUAUUAAGUUUGACUGUCCUAAACCGUGCCCAAAUGGAUACACAAAAGAUGAUAAUGGAUGUUAUACUUGCACUUGCCUUAUAGGUAAUACAUUAUGUAGACGCCAUCAACUUGCCGCAUAUAAAGCAGCUAGCGUAGAAAGCCAUCAAAACCUAACUGUUGGCGUCUUUGUGCCUAAAUGUCAGCGAGAUGGUUCAUACGAUAAAGUUCAAUGUAUGGACACACUUGGUCUAUGCUGGUGCGUUGAUAAUUAUGGCAAUGAAAUCUCUGGCACUAGAAUACGUGGCGUACCGCUUUGUGCUAAUGUUAAAGCCAAUUCUCAAAAAUCUGGAUUUUGUCCUGCUCCAUGGACGACAGGCAAUAAUGAUCCCUGUUCCAAUAACUGUUUAACCGACACAGAUUGUGUAGGUGACAAGAAAUGUUGCUUCACAGACUGCGGUCGGAAAUGUACAUUCCCGAAUACAGCUGAAAGUAAGGAAUAUGUAAACUUUGUCAAGAAAACUCAAAAUCUAGUUUGCCCACCUGAGAAACCUCUAGUUAAAUGUAACAUUUCCGAAUGCAGCGGCGAUGUAACUUGCAGAGAUCUGUCGUGUAGGAUUAUCCCUUGCGGCAGUUGCACAGUAGGAUUUUUUGAUAACUUUGGAAACAAUGUCCAAUGUUAUACACGAAUUCCUGGCUGCUUAACCUUACGCCAUUCAUCGUUAACUUAUCAAGAUACUCAUUUUACUACUUACAAUAAAAGCAUUAUUGAAGUCAAUAAUGUUGCCUACGUGUUAUCAUCGACCAAAACAGGAAAUCCAGAUUCAUUUACUUUAUCUCACUAUAUUCCACAAUGCGAUCAGAAUAAUUUUAAAUAUACCCAAUGUUUAAAGACUGAUAGAAAUUGCUGGUGUAGUGAUACCAAUGGUCGUAUAUUGCCAAAUGACAGAUGCCCACGUUUGAAUUACUGCAUGAAAAUGGUGUAUGAUAUCACCGGAGUUGUACUCAAUCAGGGUUCUGAUCGUGUUAAAGUUCCUAUUAGCACAUUAUAUCGUCGAUUUAUACCAAGGUGUACGAAAAUAAAUAAUCGUUACACGGAAGAAUAUUAUCCUUUGCAAUGUUGGCAAGGAAUUUGCUGGUGUUCAAGUCGUCGCGGCCGUAUCGAGCAAGACACUAUCACUACUGGGUACAGAAACUGUGCUGGUGCAACUAGAUCAAUUCGGCCCGGGCUAUGUCCUGUUAUUUCUAACCUUGAAAUGGCUGCAAGUAAUUGCACUAUCAGAAACUCAUGUGAAAACGAUACACAAUGCGAUGCAGGCUAUAAGUGUUGUCUAAAUGGAUGUGGUGGUACACUUUGCCUUAAAGCAGUUUAUCCAGCUUGUCAAGCCAAUCAUUUGGCUAUCCUGUGUGAGGCGCCACGUUGUGCUUUGGCAGAAUGCCCAGCCCAUCCGAAUGCUAUAUGUAUUCAAGAUAUCUGCUCAAAUUGCGCAAUACGAUUUCAUGAUGGCAAUCGUCGUAGCGUUAAUUGCACUGAGGGGUUAAAAAAAUGCCAGCUGGCUCGAUAUAAUGCUAAAAUGAAAGCGGUUGGUCUCAUCUCUAACACCACAAGUACUACUCCAUCAUAUGGAAUUGUGAACACAACGGCAGUAUUUCUACCAGAAUGCGAUAAAAAUGGAGAAUACUUAAAAAUACAGUGCCGGACUAUACCUAAAGAAUGUUGGUGCGUUGAUCGUAAUGGAGUUGAAGUUAUUGGUACAAGAUCACCGUCAACUGCGCAAUGCAAUAUAAGUAAAUCUGGGUAUUGUCCUGAAGUCAAUAAAAUAGAAAAUGAAUACCAAUGUACUGGAGAAUGUAGUUCUGAUGGAGACUGUGGAAGUGAUUAUAAAUGCUGCGCUACCGAAGGCUGUGGCAUUGCUACAAAAUGUAAAAAACCAAUUCCAAAAGAAGCUUUAUCAGAAUGCUUCAUAGCUAGAAGAAAUACUACUACUUUGCCAAAUGGUAGACCAUUGCAAAGAACUGGAGUUUAUAUUCCGGAAUGUAAUCCGGAUGGCUCUUUUGCUGGAUUACAAUGCGAUGAAAGCACCAAGUACUGCUGGUGUGUUAAUAUAUUUGGAGAAAUUAUGCCUGGUACAGUCUCCAUCAAUAAGCCAACUUGUCCUACAUUGCGAUAUUAUGGUGCAACACUAGAAUUUGAUGCGCCGUUCGAUUCUUUAACCAACGUUAAUGAUUUCGUGGAAGCCUUUGAGUCAGUAAUGAGUGCAAGGUUUGGCAUAGAGCCAUACACUACGUUACGAGAUGUACAGAUUUUUCCGGAUUCCAAUACAGGAAUUAACAGAAUAUCUAUCCAUUUUCACCUCAUGCCGAAACCACCCAUUACUUACCAAACUAUGCGUGCAAUAGAAUUACAGGCAGGAAAUUUAACCGUUCAAUUCGAUGAUCGUAGCAUCGUUUCUACAGGAUAUUUUGCAAGGGAGGCUGGCUAUGGAUUACCUGGAGCAUCCAUUAGUGCAAUUGUUGCAGUUUCCGUAACAGGUUCUGUUGGAGUGAUAGUCAUCAUCUUUGUCAUUUGCAAGGUUGUACGUAAGCAAACAAAGAAAAAGCCUAGCUAUAUUUCAGAACUGGAAGAUGCCCACUAUGUCGAUAGUGAUAUUGACAGUAUUAAUGGACCUAUAAAAAUGUGA